AAAGUCUCGCAGCUCGAAGUUCUUGUCACCCGAGCAUGCGACCCCUCACUCCUAGAACCAAAUUAUGCCCUUCAUCUCGAGGUAGCUGACUACAUAAACACCAAGAAAGCAAAUACCCCUCGCGAAGCCAGCAUGCUCAUCGCCCGUUUUGCCAAUCAUCGAAACCCACACAUCUCGGUAUUAGCUCUUUCACUCAUUGACACCCUCGUUCAGACAUGCGGUUACCCAUUCCAUCUUCAAAUAUCCACCAAAGAAUUUCUGAACGAGCUUGUGCGGCGAUUUCCCGAGCGCCCCCCACCUUUUCCGGGUCCUGUCAUGUCACGUAUUUUAGAUUUAAUCCACGGGUGGAAGGAGGGCAUCUGUGCUGAAUCGAGGUGGCGCGAUGAUCUGGGGAAUAUUAGAGAUAUGCAUCGGCUUUUGACUUUCAAGGGAUAUCGUUUCCGUGAUUUGCCAAGGCAGCCUGACUUGUCUGAUUCUAUGAACAUCAAAUCGGCUGAUGAACUUGAAAUGGAGGAUCGAGAAGCUCAGUCCGCUAAGCUUCAAGAACUCAUCCGACGUGGAACGCCCCGAGAUCUAGCAGCCGCGCAAGAACUCAUGAAAGCCCUCGCCGGAGCCAACCCAGAUGCCAAACCAGACUAUCGCUCCCAAGCUCUCACAGAGCUCAGCAAGCUCGAAGCAAAAGUAGUCUUGCUAAACGAAAUGCUAGACAAUGUCGAUACGUCGAGAAGAGAGAAGUUUGCUUCUGGGGAUGUGUAUGAUCAAGUCGCUAACAUAUUAGAAAGCGCCCGUCCUAAACUACAAAAAUGGAUCUCUGACGCAGAAACGGAUGACCCUGAAUCCCUAGAUAUAUUCCUCCAGAUGAACGAUCAGAUCAACAUCGUCCUCGACCGAUUCGAGGCAUUCAAGAAAGGCGACUACGUCACCUCCUCCAACCCCAUCCCCGCCGAACUCGCAGGGACAUCCACAAGGAACGAGCUCUCGCUCAUCGACUUUGACGACUCCGCGCCAUCACACACUUCCUCAUCCGGCGCUUCCAGCCACCCCGUCGACGAAUUGGCAGACCUC